CUCUCUGUCCGCAGAACAGCAAACCAGUGAUGGUGCUGGGGCUGUUGCAAAGCAAAUCCCUGCCUGGAACUUGCUGCGGUUGCUUCACAGCUCCCUGCAUGGCAUUGCCGCUGGGGCUCUGGACAUGGAGCUUCAUGCCCCAGCCCGGCUCAUGGCUGGUGGCAUCCCCGCAGAAGUGGCAGGAUCAGUGUUGUGGGGGAUUGAGCUCUGGCCAGUCUGCACUGGGCACCCAAAUGGAAUCUGAAAGUUACAGCCACAUGGCCAGCUCUUCCCCUUCUGCGGUUUCCUUGCCUUCUCAAGCUCAGCAAAACUUGGGGAUCAUGACAUAAUUUCCCUGGUAUGAUGCACUCAUUAUCUUUCCUUGAAACACUGUGCCCACCCAGCAGCCAGGAAUAAAAGGAGAGCAUCAACACUGGGGCUGAGCAUCGUGCAGUGAGCUUUGCAGACCCCAGCUCCAGCCCUGCUUGCGGAUCCCUCGGCCCCCACAGCACCAUGAAGGUCCCCACGGCUGCCCUCAUCACUCUCUUCCUCGUGGCCUCCUGCUCCCUGUCCGAGGGACAUCUUGACGGCGUCCCCACAUCCUGCUGCUUCAGCUACCAGCAACGCCCUGUCCCGCGGGCUCUCAUCGCAUCCAUCUACACCACCAGCAGCAGCUGCACCCAGCCAGGGGUGAUCCUGGUCACCAAGAAGAAGAAGGAGCUGUGCGCAGACCCCCAGGUGCCCUGGGUGAAGGCACACCUCAAGCACUUCCAGCCUCAGAAUAACUGA